CAACAGGAAUUGAAACUUACAGGGUGACUACCCUUCACUACACUUAAUUCAAAUGCAGAACCGUCAUUUAUAAUUUCAUCUUGAUGUCACCAUGCUGUUUUUCUGUGUGCUGUUGAGCAGUGUAGCCUUAUCCCAGAGUCUGACAGAAAAACAUGCACACUGCAAUGACAAUGUUUCUCUACAGUGCAUGGCUGUUCAGGGGGAUAGGAAUUACCGCUCCAUCACAUGGUAUAAGCUCAAUAACCGGACUGGCAUAAUACGGAAAAGUGAAAAUAAAACAACAAAGUUCAAGUUCAACCGCACUGUUCACUUUGGAGCAGAUGACAGUCUGGCCCUUCCCUCAGUCAGGCCUGAAGAUGGAGGAAUCUACCAGUGUGCCACCAGGGCAAACAUAGGAAAGAAAAACAGAGAGUCAGAUAUCCAACUGACUGUAUCAGAUUGCGUGACCCCAGUUUAUUUGACUACAACAGUGACAUACAAAAGCAACAUGAACAGUUCAACCCCACACUUCUUCCUUCCGCAUGUGGGGGAGGUAUCCACCCUCUGGAGUGUCACAGGGUUCUUAGUGGUGAACCUGGUCAAACUUUCUCUCUGUCUCAUCUUCAUCUGGGUUUCUAAAGCCAUCAAGAGGAAGCUACUCAAACAAAAACGGCAGAGAUGGCAAAGAUGAUUUGAACAGUAUAUUAUUAACAUUCAUCCAAGAAAGUUGGUUGAUGAAAUGGAUGAUAUGAAGACUGCUUUUACAAUGAGACUGUAUUAAACAAUGUUCUGUCAAAUCUA